AUUGAGAACAUGUGACGUGCACAAUAAAAUAUUUUAAUUCAUGUGGGUAUGAAAAAUACUUGAAAAGUUGAUUUAAUUGUAUAAAUUAUUAAAAACUUACCGGUUCAAAAUUUUUUGAAACUAUUGUAAUUUUUAAAGAAAGUUCAAAUUUUUCAAGAACGUUAACAGUUUAAAUGUGUUUUGACUGUUAAAUUUAAUGAGACACAUCUAAAACCCAAGGAGGAGGUAGGAGGAACUUACUUCUUUCAAAGUAAGUAAGACAUACUUUAUGAAUGACUCCUUUAUUAUUGUGUUGGCAGUAGAAUCGAAACUUGUUUCCAAUAUUUGUACAGUACGUAAUAGGUGUUAAAGUCCAGUAAAAAUGUCUUGGAUAUCAAAAGCUGAAAACCUUUUAAAUAAUAUAGACCAAAAAGCAGCAUCACUAAUUCAACAGCAACAAUUAAAACCAAUUGAAGAAAGUGAAAGUGAUAAUACACAGAAAAAUCUAUCUAAUUCACAAGGUCUUCCAAAGAUUCCAUCAUUUUCUAAAAAUAUGCUGGUUCUAUCCAAAACAACACCCAAAAAGUCAACAAGAAGUGAUCAUACUGAUUAUGAUUCAUUUUCUGAAAAAUCAAUGAGCUCCAGACAUACAGUUGUUGAGAAUGACGAUGAUGAUGAAUAUUCAGAGCCAAUUGAUAAUGAAUUAAAGAAAGCACCAUCAAAUGAAAGUUUUAGUGCUGAAAAGGAACUAGCCACAGUUAAAAUAUUAAUGUCAGAAUUAAGGUCAGAGAACAGCGAGUUAAAACAUGAAGCUGAAGCCUUAAAUGAGCAGCUCAAGGCAAAUGCAAGUGUUAUGAAAAAUGAUGACCUUGAGAGCCUUUUAGCGAUUCUAACAGACGAAAAACGUGACUUAACAAUGAUGAAUCAAUCUUUAGAGAGUUCAAAUUCCAAUUACAUCAAGACCAUAUCAGAAUUAGAAAGUAGCAUAAUGAAAUACCAACAGAAUGAAAAUGAGUUGAAGCAAAAACUUGAAUACGCGAGAAAUGAGACGGGAGACAUCAAUACAGAACUGCAAAAUUAUAAAUUGAGAGCACAAAAUCAAUUGCAAAUGAAAGAGAGUCUAAUACAUCAAUUAAAAUUAGGGAAUCAAGUGGCUGAAGAUGGACAGACUGAGACAUCGAGUGAUUCAACUACACUCCAAAUGGAAAUUGACCAAAUCAGAAAUGAACGUGAUCAUUUGCAGUCUGAACUGAAUCUAAUGAAGAAAAGAAUCGAUGAAUCUAGAAAUUUCAUUGAAAAAAUGGAGCAUAAGCAUAGAAUUAUGGUUUCAGAUUACGAAGAUAAGAUCACUAAUCUAGAUGAGACAAUUCAACAACUUACAAUGCAAUCUACAAAUUAUGAAGACGAGAUAAGACUACAAAAACAAGAACUGACUCACGUGCGAGAGGAAAUGCUCAAACAGAAAACUCACUUGACCACAAAGUUGCACGAAAAAGAGAAUGAAUUGAAGCGGCUCAAAAAUGCUUAUCGUGAAUCACAAGUAAAUGCCGAAAUUGAAAAUAGAGUGCAGUCAUUGACGCAAUCAUUGAUAACGAAACAAAAUAAUUUGGAACUAGUAACAGCUGAGAAAAAUGCACUGAGACUUCAAUAUGAGAAACUUACGACACAGCACCAAGAUCUUCUAAGACAAUUCCGUAGUCAGAGACCACAGAUGUUAAGUUCAAACGAAACAGACGACGUAAAAUCAUCAACAUCCAACUUCUUGACAAUAAAUCCAUUCGAUUCCAGAGUCUCAAGGAGAGUUAAACGAGCUUAUUCACAAUUUGACCAACUUGGUAUUAGAUUCAGUGCAUUUCUUAGACGAUAUCCAUUAGCCAGGGUUUUUUCAAUCGUUUAUGUCUGCUCAUUACAUUUAUUUGUUUUAUUGGUUUUACUACAGUCGACGCCUUCACAGUAAAUACUUUUUUUUUUAAAUUCCUAUAUUUUGAUGUUUUUGUGGAAGUUCUUAUGAAACUUGAAGGAUUAUCUAGGCAUGAUGUACCUAAUUUAUGUUGAAAUUAGUUUUAUAAGCGUUGGACGUUAAAAUCUUAAAGUUUUAUGAAGUUGAAGCUGAUUUGUUUAACUACAAAUGCUGUUCUUACAAUUAUUUGAUUAAAAGCUAUUUUUGGUAGGUACAUCCUACCUAGAUUUUCAUAAGAGAAUGUUAAGUUCUCACAAUCAUUGCUAUAUUAUUGACAUUUACCCAAUUCAUUCAUAAAACAAGAAUAAAUACUUCUUAGAAGUUUAAAUUCAUUAAGAAUGUCAUAGGUCUUAUCCAUCUUAUCCAAAUUCUUAAAUUAUAGUCCCUUGGAAUUUUUAUAAAAUUUUUUUUGUCAAUAUGUGCCACAAAUUUCUAUAAUUAGUUAUUAUUUUUGCUUCAAAGCCACUAAAAACUUCCACAAGCACAUCCACAAUUAUUUAUCAUCGUACAUCUAAUAAAAUCGUAAUCACAUUUAAAAUAUUUAAUGGAUAAUUUGUUUCAUUGCCAAGUCAACUUGAAGCUGAAUAAGCGCGAGAUUCUCCUCCACAAUUUCUCUUCCUAGCAGUAUCCUUUUCUGCUCUAGCAAUGCAUUCUCUUUAAUAUAGUGCUCGACAAUUCUAUCGAAUUCGGGAUCAUCAGCUGUUAAGCUUGUUUGAUGUUCAACAUUAUUGGCAACUUGAGGUUGAGUCUCCAGCAUACGCUUCAGUUUUACGCAUUCUGCUCUUUCUGCACUAAUUCUAGUCUGAAGCUGCUGCUUCCAACUCAUUAGUU